AUGUUCCGAGCCACGCCCACGGUCCUGGACGGCGACAUCGCCGACAUCUCCCACACCAUGGAGAACGUGCUGCUUUCCCACCCGAUGGACAUCGACCACCUGUUCCGAACCAACAAGGAGAACAUCACGCCGCAACUGCUGCCGACAAAGCUGAUUUUGCACCAGCUGCCCCGCAAACCCCGCAAUAACCGCCACCUCGCCGAGCUUACCCAUAACAUCAGUCAAUUACAGCCAGGUACACGGAUCUCGGACGACGAGUUCCGCAGGCGGGCAAACAACCCGAAGACCAAGCGGUUGGCCCUGGUGGCCCAGCUCUACUUCUUGGACUACUACUGCGACAUGUUUGACUAUGUCAUUCUGCGCCGAGAACGCACUAAAGUGGUCAAGCACCGGCUUUUAACCGACCCCACGUUCACCCAAAACCCUCAGCGGCAACAGUUGGAGUGGAAAAACUACGUGGGGCGGGAACGGGUGCUUUUGCGUAAGCGCCGGUUGAAGCCUAAGCAUAAGGACUUUGAAAUGAUUACGCAAGUGGGGCAGGGGGGCUAUGGCCAGGUGUUUUUGGCCCGCAAAAAGGAUACCCGCGAGAUCUGUGCCCUCAAGAUCUUAAACAAGAAGUUGUUGGUGAAGCUAGACGAGACCCGCCACGUGUUGACAGAGCGUGAUAUUUUGACCAAUACUCGCUCCGAGUGGUUGGUGAAGUUGUUGUACGCGUUCCAGGACCCGGAGAAGGUGUACUUGGCCAUGGAGUUUGUCCCCGGUGGCGACUUCCGUACUUUACUUAACAAUACCGGCUACUUGAUCCCUCCCCACGCUCGGUUCUACAUCUCGGAGAUGUUUGCUGCCGUCAACUCUCUCCACGAACUUGGGUUUACCCACCGUGAUUUAAAGCCCGAGAACUUUUUGAUCGACUCUAAGGGCCACAUUAAGCUCACGGAUUUUGGGCUUGCCGCUGGUCUGGUGCUGAAUGACCGUAUUGAACUGAUGCGGAUCAAAUUGCGUAACUUGGAAGAGUUGGACGACUACCAGCUCCCUUCAAACUACAUGAAUGAGCGUCAGCGGUUAUUCAAGCAAGCUCAGGGCCACUUGAACCUUGCUAACUCCAUCGUCGGGUCGCCUGACUACAUGGCAUUGGAAGUGUUGGAGGGUAAGAACUACGACUUCACCAUCGACUACUGGCUGCUUGGGUGCAUGCUUUUCGAAGCCCUCUGUGGCUACCCGCCGUUCUCGGGGUCUCGUCUGGAAGAGACCUACUACAACUUGAAGAACUGGCGCACGGCGUUGAGACGGCCGCAAACUAAAGAUGGUCGUUACGUGUUCAGUGACCGCACGUGGAUGUUGAUCACUAAGCUCAUCAACCUGCCCCAACAACGGUACCGGUCGUUUGAACAGGUGCAACGGGCGCCCUACUUCAGCGACGUCAAGGACUGGGACUUGCGCAAGCGGACGCCGCCGUUCACGCCUCAAUUGGACAAUGACGAGGACGCCGGUUACUUUGACGACUUCGAAGACGAAGAGAUGAUGGCGAAAUACAAGGACGUGUUUGCUCGCCAAGAGCACAACGAGUCGUUGCUUGAGAAGGACGGCGGCAAACGGCCGCUCGGCCAGAACAAUUUUAUCGGCUUUACUUUCAAACACAAGCUGAAUCCCAACAAUAAGUUUGGCGGCGAGAUCAACUUGAUGGGAGGCCAAUCCCGCUUGGACCCCUUGGCUACUUUAUACUAG